AUGGCUACCCCCAGUGUCCUUACCUUUGAUACUGAGGGUCGUGCUGUUGACUUUGAGGUCUGGAUCGAUGACCUCCAGCUGUUCCUACAAUGCGAUAGGGCAGACGGACUCUCCCUGUUCGAUCUCACCUCUGGUGCCUCUCCUGCCCCGCCUGCUGAUGCUGACAGCACUGUUCGCUCACAGUGGGCCACACGCGAUGCUGCUGCCUGUCUUGUUGUGCGUCGCCACUUACCGACCGCUGAGCUCAUGGACCACUUCUUCUCAGUUUGCCCCACCACACUCACCGUUGACCUCCUCGAGGAGCGCCUCCUAGCAGCAGAGAAGAGAAUAAUCGCUGUAGGAGCCUCUCGUGGUGACCCUCGCACUCCCGUCUUUGAGGGGUGUUCCCCCUCCCCCCUAUUGCCCUCUGUUGCAUCUGCUGCUGCGGCCGACCUCGUUGGCUUCGAGUCGGUCGGCGCUGCGUCUGCCCCUAGCGGGAGACGCCGCACGGUAAGGGCAAGGGGGGCAAGGGGCGUUGGAGGGGCUGGCGGGGGCGGUGGAGUUGGUGGUGGAGGCAGUGGAGGGGGUGGGGGUGGUGGUGGGAGUGGUGGCGGGAGUGGAGGUGUCGGUGGCAGCAGUGGAGGCGGAGGAGGCGGCGGCGGUGGCGGAGGGAGCGGAGGCGGCGGAGGUGGCGGAGGCGGCGGAGGCAACGGAGAAGCUGGUCACGGCUUUGGGCAGAGGAGUGGCUCCGGUGGUGGUCCGCGCCAGCAGCAGCAGCGCAGUCGUGAGACCGUGUCCCCUCAGCAGCUUUGUGAGUGGUACGCUGGGCGUCAGCGGGGUGGGGGUACUAGUCCCUGCACCUACGUCCUCCGUACCGGCGACCGCGCUGGCAUUGAGGCUGCUGCUCUAGGUGCUGGUGAGGCUGCUGCUCUAGGUGCUAGUGCGUCUGCUGCCCCAGGUGCUGGUGAGUCUGCUCUCUCAGGUACCACGUCGGCUCAGGCCUUACACACCUUCACCCUUGACUCGGGUGCUUCCCGCUCCUUCUUUCGCGACCGCACCACGCUUACGACGCUUAGUCGGCCGGUUGCGGUCUCCCUGGCGGACCCCUCUGGGGGUCCUGUCCUUGCUACCUUCUCCGCUGUCUUUCCGUGCCCAGCAGCCCCCUCUGGCACCCUACUCUCCUUUGGCACCACCGCCUUGGUAACCCCUCCCUGCCUCAUCUCCGAGGCAUGGCCUCCCGUGUCCUUGUCUCUGGUCUCCCCCGGUCCCUCCCUCCCCUACCUCCGGGGUGUUAUGUGA